CAUAUUUAGGGUUCUCUAUUUCUUCCAGACGCUGGGUUCUGCCUUUUGCUGUUUGUUCUCUUGAGUGGAAGAAAGUUGCAGGCACAUAACCAGAUCCGACAAUGCCGAAGCAAAUCCAUGAAAUCAAGGACUUCCUUUUGACGGCGAGAAGGAAGGAUGCAAGGUCAGUGAAGAUCAAGAGAAGCAAGGACAUUGUGAAGUUCAAGGUCAGGUGCUCAAGGUAUCUCUACACACUAUGUGUCUUCGACCAAGAGAAGGCUGAUAAGUUGAAGCAGUCUCUUCCUCCAGGUUUGAGUGUGCAAGACCUUUGAAGAUCUUUUGAAAUUUGGAUCUAUCAUGGUUUUAUAUACCCUUCUCUUAAGAGAGAUUGUUUUUCUUUCUUGUGUCUCUUGAAUUACUAUUAUGAUUCAGACUUCCCUUGGGUUUCUUUGUUAUAACUUCAAAAGACUAUUAUGAGCUGGGUUUGUAUUUUUUUUUUUUUUUGCUAUCGACUUGGUUAGUAAUAUAUAUGGCCUCAAA